GAUCAACAGGAAAACCUUUUACUAUAAGCUUAAUUGUUCAUUUGGAAGUCUCGACCCGCGUCAUCUUUUUUAUCUGUCCAGCACUCCAAACCUGAGCAUCUCAGAGUAGCUUCGAGCUAGCCAGCAUGGCUCCCCCUCGCCAGCCGGCCCAGCCUUUCGCCAAGGACGAACGUGUCCUUUGCUUCCAUCACGAGAUGCUUUACGAGGCCAAGAUUCUGGAUAUCCAGACCUCUGAAGGAAGCGAAGGCGGUUAUCAGUAUAAGGUCCACUACAAGGGCUGGAAGAACACCUGGGACGACUGGGUGCCUGCUGACCGUAUCCGCAAGUUCACCGAACAGAACAAGGAGCUUGCUGCGCAGCUCCAUGCCCAGAUCAAGCACUUGCAGAAGAACAGCACCAAGGUUCCCAAGAAGAUCGGUCGCGCGACUGGCACCGAUUCGGCCCGCGUCAGUGAAGAGCGAAGCUCGGGCAUGGGCGUGCUUGCCGGAGGUCGAGGACCCCGACGUGCUCGGGACUAUGACCUGGAGCAGGAGGAUGGAUUCCAUGCGCGUCCAUCGAUCAAGCUGCCUGUCCCGGACCACAUUAAAGGCAUCCUUGUCGAUGACUGGGAGAACAUUACGAAGAAUAACCAGCUCGUGCCGUUGCCUCAUCCGCAUCCUGUGGAUAAGAUCAUCAAUGACUACCUCGAGGAGGAGCGUCAAAACCGUGAGCCCAACUCGGCUCAUCUUGACAUUCUGGAAGAGACUAUGGCUGGCUUGAAGGAGUAUUUUGAGAAGGCUCUUAGCCGUAUCCUUCUCUAUCGGUUCGAGCGGCCCCAGUAUCAUGAGAUUCGCAAACUCUGGGAUCAGGCAGGUGAAGAUGGACCCAACAAGACGGUCUGCGAUACGUAUGGUGCUGAGCAUUUAGCUCGUUUGCUCGUCUCCCUCCCCGAGCUGGUUGCUCAGACCACCAUGGACCAGCAAUCGGUUGCUCGUCUCCGCGAAGAGCUCGUCAAGUUUACGACCUGGCUUGGGAAGAACACCAAGAAUUACUUCGUCAGCGAGUACGAAACACCUUCCCAGAAGUAUAUCGACCAUGCACGCAGCUUCUGAGCGAAUCAUUCACCACGCUGUUUUGAACGACAUUGGCCGCAAUCAUGAAGCCCGUCAAGAAGGACGCCCCUUGGGGUGGGUUUUUUUUUUUUUUUUUU